AUGCUUAUCCAUGAAAUCCGGAACCCGAUUUCGUUUGAAACGUUGAAAACUGUAAAGGGUCAAGUACAUCCCAUUUUUAAAUCCACGUGUAAGGCUCUAGGGUUACUUGAAGAUGAUGAACAUUUGUACGCAGCACUUUGCCAAUCUCCGCAUAUGAUACGGGAUCUAUUUACGAUUAUAUUAGUGUUCUGCCAAGUAACAGAUCCCUUAUAUCUUUGGGACAAAUUCAAAGAAUACCUAUCUGAAGAUUUUAAAAUACGAUUAGAACGACAGGAUUCCGUGGAUGCAGAACACUUAGCGGACGUAGUGUUGAAAAAAUGCUUAUCGGUAAUAGAAGAUGCCGUGUUAGCAUUAGGUGGUCAGCCACUUAAAGAAUAUGGCUUACCUCAGCCAAGCAACUCUAAACAAUUUGAUAAUAGAGAGUAUAUCAAGGAAACAAGUUAUGACUUAGUAGCCUUAGAAGACGUUGUAAGAAACAAUGAAGAAUCUCUGAAUGACGAAAAAAAGUUUGCUUACAAUCAAAUUAUUACAAGUGUUAAUAAUGAUGAGAGUCGAAUAUACUUUUUAGAUGCUCCAGGUGGAGCUGGAAAAACUUUCUUAAUCAAUUUGAUUUUAGCGAAAGUUAGAAGUACUCGCGACAUUGCCUUGGCUGUAGCAUCUUCUGGAAUCGCAGCUACACUGUUCGAGGAUGGUCGAACGGCCCAUGCUACCUUCAAAUUACCACUCAAUCUAACAACUUCGGUCACUCCCUUUUUGUGGGACGAAAUUACAUUGGCACAUAAGGGUGGUGUUGAAGCUUUAAAUAUAUCUCUAAAGGAUAUAAGGGGAAAUAAAAGGUUAAUGGGUGGUGUAACGGUUUUACUGCCUGGAGACUUUAGGCAGACUCUACCAAUAGUACCACAAGGGACCAGAACUCAUGAAGUCAAGUCAUGUCUUAAAAGAUCUACUCUAUGGCCUAAGAUUAAUAUACUCAAACUGUCAAAAAAUAUGAGGGUACACUUGGGAGAGGAAAAGUUUGCUGAUAGAUUUGCAGAUCUUUUACUUGAAAUUGGCAAUGGUGAUUAUCCAUCGUUUGAUGAAAUGAUAACUAUCCCAGAGAAUUUGUGCACAGUUGUAACUACGGUUCAGGAUUUAAUAUCAAAAAUUUAUCCAGAUAUUGCUCAUAUUCAUGAUAAGCCUAUGGAAUGGUUGUGUGAACGUGCUAUACUCACUGCAAAAAAUGACCAAGCGGCGGCUAUCAAUGAUACACUGCUGAUGUCUUUUGAAGGGGAAGAAAAAGUAUAUACUUCGAUAGAUACGGUGGUCAACAUGGAAGAUGCAACUAAUUAUCCGGUUGAAUUUUUAAAUUCAUUGAAACCACCGGGCAUGCCAUAUCAUAGGCUUAUUCUGCGUGUGGGCACACCUAUUAUGUUGUUGCGAAAUUUGAAACCGCCUAAACUGUGCAAAUAA